AUGAGCCUGAAUACGAUCGGAACGACUGCGUAUUGUGACACUGAAUGGUCAGGUGCCACCUUUGACCUUGAGGAAGAUUCGGAGGAAUCAAGCGAUGGAUAUUCUUACGGUUCAUCGAGUCCUACAACCUCCAUUGGCGUUUCUCGAGUUUACCACACUCCCGCGCCGAAAUAUGCUAGUCCUCCUCCACCGAAACCUGUUCAGCCGCAAGUUGUUCAUGUAAAACAGUCAAUACGAAAUCCUUCAUUUCCGCCUCCCCCAACGUAUGUCAGUAGUCCGCCUAAAAAGGGCCCUUCAAGCAGAGUACCGCUAAAAUACGAAGGAUCCCAGUCAGCGGAUGUCGACGCAAAAUACCAUCGGGGAAACUCCCAACGACUCGGGUCAGCAUCUUCGUCUGCUAAGUCCAUUCCACCACCAGUUCCUGCUACACCACCAGUCACUGUAUCACAAAAACAGAACCAGAAGGUCCAUCAAAAUCCCUUGGCAAAGACACCAGUUCGUGUCGCGCCCAAUGCUAAGAAAGUUGAACCCGUUCGGUGGGCAGCAAAUGGAGACAUGAUUCCCGGCCAAGAUCCAAAUUACUUUAUCGAAGGCGGAGUUUACGUUCCACAGUACUAUCACGAGCAAUUGUGGCGAUGUCCGAGUUUAAAACCGAGGCUUAAUAUUCCUGAUCCGAAGGGGCCACCGGUUCAAUCUCAUCGACCAGCAUCCGGAAAUGAAGAUUCAUUCGACUCAACGAUGAAGUCUUCUGAAGACGAUGAGUACGCGACUCCAAGAAUCAAGGAAGUGGACACUGUUUCUAUUGCGCUAUCAGCUAAUUUAGGCGACGAGAGUCUCCGAACAUUGUCAAAAGAGCAAAGAAAAAAAGCUGAACAAAACCUAAAAACAAUUCUCGUGAAUCAAAAACUGCUCCAGACGAGAAAUCAACGGGAGAAAUCGCAGAAAGAAGAGGAGGCAAAGCAAAACGCUGAAAAUAUUCUGAACACGCUUCGCAAAAAACAAGCUGCCGAUGAAAUAGCAGAGAAGAGGAGACGAGAAAGAGAAGCUCGGAAGAAAAAAGCUGAGCAAAAGAAGAGAGAUAAAGAGUUUCAGAGAAAACUCGAAAAAGCUAAGAGACAAAAAGAAAAAGAACAGAGGGAACGAGAAAGAAGGUCGUCAUCAUACUCGGAUCGAAGUCAAAAAUCGCAUAAUGGAUUUGACGAGGCGCAAGCUGAGGAAGCUCGCCGGCUGUUGAAAGAAGUAAAACGACUCUCGGAAGAGAAAGCAAUCCUGACACUUCAGCGCAACUCGAGUGGAUCGUCCACACGGCUUGAAGAGACUGUGCAAGCUGGCGCUGGGGUGACGCCGAAAAGAGAUAGCGCUUCGGGAGAGAGUUUUUCGUCCGAGCUUUCUGCUGUUGUUGAAGAACCAUCAGUCGCUCACACAGUGGAGAAAUCCCCGACUCCGGAAAUCGCCCAGAGUCCGCCGAUUCCACCGCAGAGAAAUCUCUCUACGCAAAGUCACGAAGUCACACCUCCGCCACCAGAAUAUGAAAAUGCAAAGCCAAGACCGAGUGUAGAUAGCAUGGGAUCGUCACAGUCGAAAAAGAUGGUGAUUCCAAAUCACAACGGCGACAACUCGGUUAAAGUUCUCAGCUACAAAAGAACAGAUAAAACUCAAGCUGCCGCUCCAACUCACAAUAUGACCGCAGUUCCGGUGCGAAACCAACUUUCAUCUUCAUCCGAGGAUGAACGGUUUACGUCUGAAGAUGAGAGUACCAUUCGUGAUGACCCGCCGCCAAAGCCAAUCGGAGUAACCGCUGGAGUUCAAACUGGACGAGAUUCCAUCAUCACAAAAGCCAAAAUUAGCCCUCCCCGCGAGAGCCUCAACCUUUCCGAUCUAUCCGACGAAGAAGUAGACCGACUAACCCAAUUAGGUCUCAGCUUUGGCCCGAGCAAGGUCACGGGCCAAAGACUAACUCAAGACUCGCAAGUUUCAAUCUUCAGCUUGUAA